ACGCUGGCGCACCUGCUGCCCGCCCCGGCCAUGUACAGCAUGCUGGAGGGCGAGCUCAAGAGCCCCCAGGCCGCCCCGGGCGGCGCGGGGGGCCCGGCGGGGGCUGCGGGCAAAGGCGGCGGCGGCGGGGGAGCGAGCGGCGCGGGCGCGGACCCGGACCGGGUGAAGCGGCCCAUGAACGCCUUCAUGGUGUGGUCGCGGGGCCAGCGGCGGAAGAUGGCCCAGGAGAACCCCAAGAUGCACAACUCCGAGAUCAGCAAGCGCCUGGGGGCCGACUGGAAGCUGCUGGGCGACGCCGAGAAGCGGCCCUUCAUCGACGAGGCCAAGCGGCUGCGGGCCGUGCACAUGAAGGAGUAUCCGGAUUACAAAUACCGGCCCCGCCGGAAGACCAAGACCCUGCUGAAGAAGGACAAGUACUCGCUGCCCGGCAACUUGCUGGCCCCCGGCGGGGCCGGCGCCGUCAGCAGCCCCGUCGGGGUGGGCCAGCGCCUGGACACCUACGCCCACAUGAACGGCUGGAGCAACGGGGCGUACUCGCUGAUGCCGGAGCAGCUGGGCUACGGGCAGCACCCGGCCAUGAACAGCCCCCAGCUGCCGCAGAUGCACCGCUACGACAUGAGCGGGCUGCAGUACAGCCCCAUGAUGUCCACCGCCCAGUCCUACAUGAACGCGGCCUCCUCCUACAGCAUGUCCCCCGCCGCCUACGGCCAGCAGCCCGGCGCGGCCAUGAGCCUGGGCUCCAUGGGCUCGGUGGUGAAAUCCGAGCCCAGCUCGCCGCCGCCGGCCAUCACCUCCCACUCCCAGCGGGCCUGCCUGGGGGACCUGCGGGAUAUGAUCAGCAUGUAUCUCCCGCCCGGCGGGGAUGCCACAGACCCUUCCAGCCUGCAGGGCAGUCGGUUGCACAGUGUCCACCAGCACUACCAGAGUGCCGGGACGGGGGUCAAUGGCACGGUACCGCUGACUCACAUCUGA